CAGGAGUAAGAGGAGUCUGCAAGGGUGGGGGUCAGAUGAGUAUAGGGAACCACUACAGGUAAUAAGACUGUCAGCAUUACUGUCAGGCACACAGAACCAGUUGGAGCACAAAGAAGAGGCUGAAAUUGUUUUAUAAAGUAAUCUACAAUGGCCCAAAAUUAUCAAGAACAUAUUUUGAAAGCUCUGGAGCAGCUAGGGGAAAAGGGGCUGAAGAAGUUUAAGUGGUUCUUGCAGCAGGAAAUUCUGGAUGGGUUUGAUCCCAUCUUAAAGAACAAUUUGGAGAAAGCUGACGAAGCAGACACAGUGGAUCAGAUGGUGGAGACAUACACACUUGAAGGAGCUGUGAAGAUCACUGGGGAGAUCCUGACAAAGAUGAAGCGGAAUGAUCUUGCUAAGAGACUCGGGUGGUGAGGAGUCUGAUGAAGACAUGUCAUCUUCAGAAUCAACUGGAAAGCUAAAUGAUGGAUAGAAUAAAGUUUAAAGACAACAUACUAAAUCCAAAUGACUAAAAACAAAUUUUUCACAACAAAUGUUUUAUCUUAAAUAAAGAGGCAACAAUAUGAGGCUGCUAAUUUAUUUCCCAAAUGGGAAUACUUAUUAUUUAUUUAAUUAAAUGAAUGAAUUAAAACAACUUAAAAAGUUAAAGUUUA